GUCAAUGUCAAACCAUUCUGUCAAGUUUUGUUAAUAUUUACUAUAUUAUUAUAUUUCUUUAAAUCAGGUUUGCCUACUGUUGACAAGGGUAAUAGUAUAAAAAUCCUUAAAAAUUUCACUUCUCAGGGAACUCUUAAGACGUAUAAUGGAAGAUAAUGUGUCGAGCGAUCAAGAGGAAGGGUCUAAUGAAAGAGGUAGCGGGUCCGAAAGAAGGGGUGGAGGUAGCUCCGAAAAUGAUGAGGAAUCAGAUGAAGAGGAACAACAGUUUGAUAUUUCCCUCGCCGCUUCACAUUCAUACAUGGGGAAUGGGCUCGUCCAAGUGAGCGGGCGCUCAGUGCUGGAGGCCGGCUGGACGGGGCGCGUGCCCGUGAUCGCGCACCACGGCGCCGUAUUCCCGGGCGAGACCGUGCCCAUGCUGCUCACCAACGAGCGCGACGCGGCCGUCAUCAGUCGGGCCAUUCAACACGACAAGUUGUUCGGUCUACUGUGUCCAGAUGAGAGUGGCACGCUGGUGUCCGGCUACGGCGUGCUUUGCGAGGUGUUCGAGGCGGAUGCGGGGGUGGGAGAGGGGGAGGGCGAGGGGCCGCGCUCGCUGUCGUUCAAAGCGCGCGCCACGCAUCGCUUCCGCUGCGUACACGUACCGAAGCAGUCGGUUCCGAUACACGCGUUUAGCAGGAUGCGCACGGUGGAGGUGCGCGUGCUGCCCGAGGUGCGGCUGGGCGACCCGCUGCGGCCGGCGCGCCUGGCCAGCCUGGACGCGCUGCGCCGCGCGCGCACGCCGCUCGACGCGCGCCUGCGCAGCAUGGACGCGGCCGUCACGCCCUGGCCGCUCUUCGUGUACGACAUCUUCGACUACCGCCGCAUGCGCCAGAUCAUCAAAGACUACUUCCGCACCAUGUCGCUAGAGAACCUGCCCGAAGAGGCCGUGUCGCUGUCGUUCUGGACGGCGUCCAACCUGGCGCUUUCGGCGCGCGACCGCCUGGCGCUGUUCGCGGUGGACGACGCGCUGCUGCGCCUGCACAUGGAAGUGCGGCUCAUCGCGCGGAAAAGUGUGCUGUGCUGUUCCUCGUGUGCGGUCGAGAUCGCCCGACGGGAGCACAUAUUCGCCAUGUCCAGCGAGGGCGUGCACUCUAAUUACACCAAUCUAGGCGGCUACAUGCACGACAUAGUGACGGUGUCGCGCGCCUCCAACACGGAGCUGAGCGGGGCGCCGUCGGCGGAGUUCUCGUGGUUUCCCGGCUACGCCUGGACCAUCGCGCUGUGUGCCGCGUGCCUGGCGCACGUCGGCUGGAGGUUCGACGCGCAGCGGCGCGGCCUGCGGCCGCAGCAGUUCUACGGGCUGUGCCGCAACUACGUGCAGCCGCGCUGCGACGGCGCGGGCGCGGGGGCGGGGGCGGCGCGCUCGCUGUCGGCCGAGCUGCGCGCCGCGCGCCGCGCGAUGUCGGCGCUCGUGUACGCGCCGCGCGACGACGCCGACCCCUAGUGAGGCGCGGGCGCUCGACGGGUUUGCGAACGUUUUCUAAUUGUUUAUUACACGAGAAGCUCGAAGAGUGGAGGGUAAUUGAAGUAUUACUGAGCAAUCGUAGGGGUCUCUCUCGACUCGACUCUACGGAGGAAACGGAGGGAACCGUUUUAAAUCAAUAAAUUUGUUAUAAAAAGUUGGAUAGAGACUACAGAACUAGACAAAAUAUAUUGAAGAAUAUUUAAUAACAAUGUAGACAAAAUAAAUUCCUAACCAAUA